AUGCAGGUUUCUCUCUUUGGAGGUAUUUCGGUCACUAAGAAGACUCACACAUCUCAAAUUGAAAUUAUUCCAUGCAAGAUCUGUGGAGACAAAUCAUCAGGAAUCCAUUAUGGUGUCAUUACCUGCGAGGGUUGCAAGGGUUUUUUCAGGAGGAGUCAACAAAGCAACGCCACAUACUCUUGUCCCCGUCAGAAGAACUGUCUCAUCGAUCGAACGAGUCGAAAUCGGUGCCAACAUUGUCGGUUGCAGAAAUGCCUUGCUGUGGGGAUGUCGCGAGAUGCUGUAAAGUUUGGCCGAAUGUCCAAAAAGCAGAGGGACAGCUUGUACGCAGAAGUGCAGAAGCACCGGCUGCAGCAACAGCAGCGGGAUCACCAACAACAGCCUGGUGAGGCGGAGCCGUUGACGCCGACGUACAGCAUCACCACCAACGGGCUGACGGAGCUUCACGAUGACCUCAGCAAUUACAUUGACGGACAUACCCCCGACGGCAGCAAAGCGGACUCCGCCGUCAGCAGCUUCUACUUGGACAUCCAGCCGUCUCCGGACCAGUCGGGACUCGAUAUCAACGGCAUCAAACCAGAACCGAUCUGCGACUACACGCCGGCUUCGGGCUUCUUCCCCUAUUGCUCUUUUACCAAUGGAGAGACAUCUCCGACAGUCUCCAUGGCAGAAUUAGAACAUCUCGCACAGAACAUUUCUAAAUCGCACAUGGAAACCUGCCAGUACUUGAGCGAGGAGCUCCAACAGAUAACAUGGCAAACGUUCCUGCAAGAAGAAAUUGAGAACUACCAGAGCAAGCAGAGGGAAGUUAUGUGGCAGUUAUGUGCGGUGAAAAUAACCGAAGCGAUACAGUACGUGGUGGAGUUUGCCAAACGCAUCGAUGGCUUCAUGGAACUGUGUCAAAACGAUCAAAUUGUGCUUUUAAAAGCAGGGUCUUUAGAGGUUGUAUUUAUCCGAAUGUGCCGUGCCUUUGACUCCCAAAACAACACAGUAUACUUCGAUGGCAAAUAUGCUGGCCCUGAUGUAUUCAAGUCAUUAGGUUGUGAAGAUUUCAUUAGUUUUGUUUUUGAAUUUGGAAAGAGUUUAUGUUCUAUGCACCUUACCGAAGAUGAGAUUGCAUUAUUUUCAGCUUUUGUUUUACUUUCUGCAGACCGAUCAUGGCUUCAGGAAAAGGUAAAAAUAGAAAAGCUGCAACAGAAGAUUCAGUUAGCCCUUCAGCAUGUGUUGCAGAAGAACCACCGAGAAGAUGGAAUCUUAACAAAGCUAAUAUGCAAAGUGUCUACAUUAAGAGCACUGUGUGGACGACAUACAGAAAAACUCAUGGCGUUUAGAGCAAUAUACCCAGACAUUGUGCGACUCCAUUUUCCUCCGUUGUACAAGGAGUUAUUCACUUCAGAAUUUGAGCCAGCGAUCCAAAUGGAUGGGUAAACGUAUCCCCUCUAAGCACUUCUGGAAUGUCUGAAGGUACGAACGUUAAAAAUGGGAAAAGGAAAAUAAAUAAAUAAAAUUACGAGUAACCGAGACACUUUAUCACGGCCCUGCGUAGACCUAGCGGCGGGCCGACGCACUGCACAUCUUCUGGUGAUCGGGGUCAGGCAAAACAGAAAAACGGGGAAAUUUGAAACAAGAGUCGGACUUGUUUUCUCGUGCGUGGCGGUUCCCACGAUGCCUACCGAUACGGACCCCUUUCCCCCCAACCCUUGUCUUGACUUCUCAAUCUUUUGACCUCUGUUUACACAGAAAAUGAGGGUCCUAAGAAUCAGGAGGUUUUCCUUUUCCUGGUAACUCACUGCCCACAAGACUUUUCACAGGACAAUGUUUUUCUUGGUAAGAAAAGGACGGACUCUCCAGCUAUAGAAACCAGCGACUGGUGUGCAUUGCAGAGGCUUCAGCAUCAGUUUUGCACAAGUUGUUCAUUGUUUCAUGAAGGACGAUUUCUUUUUCACCCUGCCGUCGGAUUGCCGGUUGGCGGAGCGGCACGGAAAGGGUCCAUAGCAAUAGCAACAAUAGCAUUAUAAUCUAUUACAGGGUAAAAAAAUGGGCAUGAAGUCUAUAUAUAGCAAAAGAGAUAUUUGUUUAUAUAUUUGUUUUAAUUAAUAUAAAAAAUGUAGUUAACUGGUAUAGCUUUUAUUGUUGAAUUGAUAAGGCACUUUCAUUUUGCACCUUUUUUAGUUUUGUUUUUCGUUUUUCCGUUUUCCUUUUAAAUUAUAUGCUCGCGUGUUCAUUGUCGUGCUGCAUGUGCACCAGAAAUUCAAAUUUUUAACGGAGGGUGGUUUGGAAAGGUAUUUAGGGACACUGCAAAAGUGUUUAUGCUGCUGUUUUUCCACAUUUAUUUUUGAAAGAGAGAGGCUGGUCGGAUCCUGAAAUACCUUCGGUGGUUUUACAUAACGGAGGGUAAAGGGAAGGAGCGAGGAGACGCAAUUCUAAAUGUUUAGU